GGGAGAGUAGAUGGGAGAAAGAGGGAGUGUGUCCAUGAAAACAGUGUUUGUGGAGGAGAGGGAGGGAGGAAGCAGACUUUCGGCAGUGUGAUCAGUUGGUGGUUCUACAGCUCUUUCUACGUUCCUCUUGUCCUCACCGCCGAGGCAUUGCAGCAGAUUUUUCUGUUCGUUCAGGGAUGGGAGGCCCCCUCUCGAGGUUUUAGAUGGACAUCUGGAAUUAGGUCACUGCUCUGUUGGGGAUCAUGGAGAUGAACGGUCGUGCUCACCCGCCGUCCAUACCUGAGGAUGGCGAAGCCCCCGACCAAGUGCACCGCCGGGAGAUGAACGGCUUCCACACCAGUCAGAGUGACGGAGGAGACACUGAACUGCCGGUGUCCAAGUCUCAAAGGAGGAAGAGUGAUGUUAAAGUCUACAAAGAGUUCUGCGACUUUUAUGCUCGCUUCAACAUGGCCAACGCUCUGGCCAACGCCAUGUGUGAGCGGUGCAAGAGCGGCUUCGCUCCAGCCGAGAAAAUAGUGAACAGCAACGGGGAGCUUUACCACGAGCAGUGCUUCGUCUGUGCCCAGUGUUUCCAGCAGUUCCCAGAGGGGCUCUUCUAUGAGUUUGAAGGCAGGAAGUACUGUGAGCACGACUUCCAGAUGCUCUUCGCUCCGUGUUGCCAUCAGUGUUGCGAGUUCAUUAUCGGCCGUGUGAUCAAGGCGAUGAACAACAGCUGGCAUCCAGACUGCUUCUGCUGUGUGAUCUGCCAUACUGUGCUCGCAGACGUUGGAUUUGUUAAAAAUGCUGGACGACACUUGUGCCGCCCGUGCCACAAUAAAGAGAAAGCUCGGGGUCUCGGCAAGUACAUCUGUCAGAAGUGUCACGCCAUUAUCGAUGAGCAGCCGCUGCUGUUCAAGAACGACCCCUAUCACCCGGAUCACUUCAACUGCAACAACUGCGGUAAGGAGCUGACGGCUGAUGCCAGGGAGCUGAAGGGAGAACUCUACUGUCUGCCCUGCCACGACAAGAUGGGCGUGCCCAUCUGCGGCGCCUGUAGGAGACCCAUCGAGGGCCGUGUGGUCAAUGCCAUGGGCAAGCAGUGGCAUGUGGAGCAUUUUGUGUGUGCUAAGUGUGAGAAACCCUUCCUGGGGCAUCGUCACUACGAGCGAAAGGGUCUGGCUUAUUGUGAGACCCACUACAACCAGCUGUUCGGAGACGUUUGCUACCACUGCAACCGAGUGAUUGAAGGAGACGUGGUGUCUGCCCUCAACAAGGCUUGGUGUGUCAACUGCUUUGGAUGCUCCACCUGCAACACCAAGCUCACCCUCAAGAACAAGUUUGUGGAGUUUGACAUGAAGCCAGUGUGUAAGAAAUGCUACGAAAAGUUCCCGCUGGAGCUGAAGAAGAGGCUGAAGAAACUGUCUGAGACCGUCGCUCGGAAGUAAACGCCGCUCGGGAAGAUGCAACGAAAACCACGCUCCAACCCACCCUUUAAAAAGUCGUUGUUGUGCUUAUGUUACAUUUAGCUUGGAUGUUGCACUUAGAAUCACGAGUUUAGAGUCACUUUAUUCAUCAGAAACUGGCUCCAAACCAACCGUCAGCUCGAGUGCCUUUUUCCUCAAAUUCUGCACUGUAUAUCUUUUAUAUUCUGGCUUUCUUUAUUGCUAAAUAUACCUUUAAAUAAAAAAUACAAACCAUCAUAACUGGUCUUAUAUACUUGAUAAUAAAAAUUGUGCUUUAAAAAGUAAAUGAUGUUUUAUGCAAGAAAUGUUUGCCAGUGUAUUUUGCAAAUAUGUGAGACUUUUAUUUUGUAAUUAAGUAAAACUAAAGAAAGUAUUAUGCUUCCUGUUUUUUUAGCACCAAAAGUUUGAAUAUUAUGCCAAAAUACUUAGCUUAAAUUGUUCAGUAUUUUCACCAAUAAAGUAGUGAUUUCAUAUAAAAUGUUUCAGAAACACUCAUCUAUGCAAACCAGAUGUUUAACCACAUUUCUUUUUUCCCAUUUUGUCUUGUUAUAUGUAUGCUUUAGCCACAUUUAAACAUAAUAUUCAAUAUGAAUCAAUAAAGAUGAACAAUAUUUAUUUACAAUAGUAGCUUUAGUUGAUCACUGCUCCCCGUCAUCUAACACUGAGCAGCUUUACAGUCCCGGGUUUGCAUGGCAGCUGCUAAUGCUCUGUUUAUUACAACACGGUGACGUAUAGACGCCGCCGGAUGUGGGAAUAACAUUGGAUUUUGGAACGUUGCCUGUGCUGUUUGUAAUCCAAAAAAGUGAUCCUCUUAAGGAAGUGGAGGCUUUUUUACUUUCUUCAGGCUCAGACCUCAAUAGAGGAGGGCAAACCAGCAGCUUUACGGAAAUCCGGUAUUUGAUCAUAGGAUGUUUAUGCAGCCUAAUACAAAGUAUGUAGUUUGCUUAUUUGUUGAUAUUUGUACAAAAUUAUAUAAAAACUGAUAUUUCUGUGAGGCUUCAUCUUAUGCAUACAAUGUUUAUGAAGAUAUUUGUUGUGUGUUGACAAACCAAACUGCAUGUCCCAGGCUAGAAUAGACAUGUUUGUUAAUUCCAAAUGUUGACAGCUCAUCUGAAUAAAAUUAUAUC